AGGGCGGAUGUGAAGGAGGAGCGGCUGAUUCACUGAUACCGUCAGCACCCAAACACACCCUGGCUGACGGCUCUUUUGACACUCCUUGGCUGACAGCCCGCUGACACUCCCUGGCUGACGACCCCUCCUCUCACACCCCAACAGCCUUGCUCACCAUGGACAGUAAAGGCAGAAAAAUCGUAGUAUGUGACAAUGGAACCGGGUUUGUGAAAGUCGGGUAUGCGGGUAGCAAUUUCCCAGCUCACAUCUUUCCAUCAAUGGUGGGCCGACCCAUCAUUAGAGCCACAAAUAAGAUUGGUGACAUUGAAGUCAAGGAGUGGGCUCAUUUUCCUGAUCUCAUGGUGGGAGAUGAAGCCAGCAAAUUACGAUCGAUGUUAGAGGUGACUUACCCUAUGGAAAAUGGCAUUGUUAAAAAUUGGGAUGACAUGUGCCACGUGUGGGACUACACAUUUGGGCCCGAGAAGAUGGACCUCAAUCCCCGAGAAUGUAAGAUUAUGUUAACGGAGCCACCAAUGAACCCAACGAAAAACAGAGAGAGAAUGUUAGAGAUGAUGUUUGAAAAGUAUGGGUUUGCUGGGGCAUUUGUUGCUAUUCAGGCUGUGCUGACACUGUAUGCCCAAGGCUUGCAAUCUGGUGUUGUGGUAGACUCUGGCGAUGGUGUGACACACAUCUGCCCUGUAUACGAGGGUUUUACCCUACCUCAGAUCAGGAGAUUAGAUAUAGCUGGACGUGACAUUACAGUCUACAUGAUCAAGUUGCUACUGCUACGAGGCUACGCCUUUAACCAUUCAGCAGACUUUGAAACUGUCCGCAUGAUGAAGGAAAAGUUGUGUUAUGUUGGCUACAACAUUGAACAAGAGCAGAAGCUUUCAACGGAGACAACUGUUCUCGUAGAGAAUUAUCAGCUUCCCGAUGGCCGCAUCAUUAAGGUUGGUGGAGAAAGAUUUGAGGCACCUGAGGCACUGUUCCAACCACAUUUAAUCAAUGUUGAAGGUCAGGGCAUUGCUGAACUUUUGUUUGACACCAUCCAGCGCUGUGACAUUGACAUUCGACCGGAGUUGUAUAAACACAUUGUUUUGUCCGGUGGCUCAACUAUGUAUCCGGGAUUGCCAUCACGUCUUGAGAGGGAACUGAAACAGCUUCACCUUGAGAGAGUGCUGAAGGGUGAUGUGGAAAGAUUAUCUAAACUAAAAAUCCGAAUUGAAGAUCCUCCACGCCGAAAGGACAUGGUAUUUAUUGGUGGAGCUGUUCUGGCUGACGUGAUGAAAGACAGAGACAACUUCUGGAUCUCACGAGAAGAGUACCAAGAGAAGGGUGUUCAAGCGGCACUAGAGAAGCUCAUGCCUGGUGGUAAAUCAUAAGGGAAGCCAUAAUAGGAAGUAGUUUGAUAUGUGUUAUUCCAAACUGUGGUUCUGCCCAGACUGCUCUCUGCCCAAUUGUUACUUGGCUGUUUUUUUGCCGAGUUGAUUUCAAAAUGUGCGUCAUGAUGUUAAAGGUCACAUCAUGUGAUUCUGAUAAUUUAUUCCAGUGGAUAAGAGGAAACUGGCAGUAUUGGCAGUUUGCCUUGUGAAAAGAAAAUGUUUUUAGGAAUAUAAACAGUUCUUUAAAGUUGAAUUUGAAAAUUAAAAUAUUGUAGAAACCAAUGACCAAUGCAGGUUUAAUUAAGAUUAAUGUAUACUUAAUAUUUCAGAUGGAUGUUUAAUUUAUGGAAUGUUUUGAAGGGUAGAUCAGAUAACAGGAUGCAGUUAGAUCGUACCCAUUUGCCAACCGUCAUUCCUGGCAGAGGUAUUCCCCAUUCUUUUAUUUACAUGAAGUAAUUUGAGUUCCAUUUCGGCGGCACAGUCUUUAUCGUGUUGUCGCUGUCCUAAACAAUGUGAAUGUUUGUUGUUAUUGCCUUAAAGAUGGCUUUUUGAAGGCCUUUGGUUAAGUUAUUGUUUGAAACUAGUUCCGAGAUGACCUGUCAAUUUUGUUAAUUGUAAUUUAGAGAUACGCAUAUUACCUAGUAAUUACUUCAAAAUGAUUAUCAUUAAUUUUCAGAAUAUUCUAAUCUUUGCAUAGGUAUUUAAUAUUUAUCUUAGGGAUAGAUUGUGAUGUUGCUUUUACUUACUAAGAUUACAUAUGAAGCUGUUGGGUGUAAAUAUUUAAUGAUUUAUUCAUUUUAAUAUUGUCAUGUGAUGGGUCUCUAUGAGCGACAUACACAUUACUGAAUUAGUGUGCAGUACAAUACUUCCUCCAGAAUGUUUGGAGCCCUCAACAAAGUCGCAACACUUAAGCCUUCGAGCCAAAACUGUCAGUCCUAACUAACACAAAGUAUUUAGUUCAACAAAUUUAAUGUUUUCAGAUCUAAAUUUUAAGGAAUUAUUAGUUUUGUUAAUAUUAUUAGCAGGUUUCUGCAUAUGCUGUAGUUAAUUACAAUAUUUGCAAAAGUUAAUAAAAUGGCAGUUAUCCAGCGAGGUAAACAGCCACCAGCUUUAUAUGUAUGGUAGUUGAUUAUGUCCUUGGUUAUCUCCUUUGUUUAAGUGUUAACAAUUGCCUAAACAAAUCUAAAAUUAUGCAUCACAUAUUGGAGUUUUCAGGAUGUACCAUCAUAGUUCUUCCUUAUUCAGAUCUAAAGUAUAUUAGCAAUAUAUAAAGAUAUACAGUAUACUGGGGAUAUGUAGAGACAACCAAUAGGUGUUGCAUUCCAUUUUUACUAUGAGGUCUGUAGAUAAUGUUCACACAAUCACCUUUCAUCCGUUAAGACAGGUCUUUCCAUUUUCAUUAAGAAGGUUUUGAGACAUAAAUUAAUCUUGAACAUUGUUAAAUAUAUAAUUAAUAAAUUAAAACUGCAGGUUUAAGUUGACCUGUAAAAAAAUGUU